GCCGGGGCGCGGGGGACAGGAUGCGGAUGCCGGGGGGACUUCCUGUGCCGGCCCCCGCCGCCCCCGCCCCCGCCCCCGGCCCGGCCGCUGCCCGCUCGGACGCACGGCCGGCCGGUCGCACGCUUGGGCGGGCGGGCGAGCGCACGGGGACCCCGGCCCGGCCGCGGCGCCCGCCCCCCGCCCGCCUUCCGCGCGGCCAGGCCCGGCCCAGGCCGCCGGCCCACCGGCUCCCGGCACCUGUGGCCGCGGGCAGAUCCCCGGCCGGCCCCGCGCUGCCCGGGGCUGAAACGACACUGGUCCACCGCCCACCAGGGCGACCUCGGCAACCCUGACAGCGACAGACCCGUCCCAAGUGACCAGAAAGGCCCCCCGGGUGGCCCAGCACCUCCCCGGCUCUUUCUGGAUGGGGGCGCCUGGCGAAGGAGCUGGCUGAACGCUCUGGCCUUCACCUUCCAGCCCCUGCUGACCACACCUUCCCUAGCGCCCAGGCUGCCUGCAGAGCAGGCGAUGCUUGUGCCAGCACAGCCAGCUCCCCAGGAUCUUGGUCUGACCGCCAGGAUGAAGGUGAGGCGGGCAACCAAGACCUUCGUGCGGAAGCCUCGCCGUCUUAAAGAUGGGGGCCUGGGGCCCGACACCCCCUCAGGUGGCAGCGGUGGGAGUGUGAGUCAGGAGGGAGAAAACGGUCAGGAGAGGAGCAGCAGCCCACCGCGGCCAGCAGUCUCAGCUCCCAAGCGGGCCAGUGAAGUCGCUGAGGAGACCGUGUCGGGACGGCAGAAGCUGCACACCCAACAGUCCAAACAGCCGCCAGAGCGGCAACCACACAGCCAAGGGUCAGGACCUCAGCCAGAGUUGCAGCGGCAGCAAGAUGGGCAGGAGCCACUGCCCCAGCCGCAGCCAGAACUGCAGGAAGAACCCCGGUCUGCGCCACAGGGGCCGCCGAAACCGCGGCUGCGGCUGAUGCCGCGGCAGAAACCGUCACGGGAGCAGCCCAGGCAGGUGCGGCGGCGGUCACGGCUGCGGCAGGGGCGGUUCCAGCGGCAGGAACGGCAGGAAAAGCCCACGCAUGUGCCGUGUGAGCAGCAGAGGCAGCUGCCGCGGCAGGAGCAAUCGGAGGAGGGGGCCGUGCGAGAACAGCCGCCGCCACGGGACUUGCAGCAGGGAUGGCCGCAGCAAGAGGCGCAACCGCUGCCGCAAGGGGUGCAGCAGCCUCAGCAGCAGGAGCAGCUGCCGUCGCAGCAGGAGUCAUUGCAGCCGCAGCAAGAGCAGCCCCAGCACCAAGGACAGUUGCAGCAACAGCUGUUGCCGCCGCCACCGCCGCCGCAGGAACAGUUGGAGCCGCAGCAGGAGCACUUGGAGCUGCAGCAGCAGCUGCAGAAGCAGCAGGAACAGUUGCAGCUGCUGCAGCAGCAGCAAGAACAGCUGGAGCUGUUGCUGCAGCAGCUGCAGCCCCGGCCUCUGGGGCCGCAGGAGGAGGAGGAGGAGGAGGUGGAGCUGGAGCUCAUGCCGGUGGACGCGGAGUCCGAUCCGGAGCUGGAGCGGCAGCGGCAGGAGCUGGAGCGGCAGCAGGAGCAGCGGCAGCUGCAGCUCCAGCUUCAGGAGCAGCUGCAGCAGCUGGAGAAGCAGCUGGAGCAGCAGCUGGCCCAGCCGCCGGAGGUUCAGCUGGAGCUGACGCCGGUGGAGCCCGGGGUCCACCCGCCCGAGCUGCAGCUGGAGCUGACCCCCGUGCCGCCCGAGCUGCAGCUGGAGCUGGUGCCGGCCGCCGCGGGGGCGCCCGCCGCGGUGGUGGUGGCGCCCCCGGGCUACGUGGUGCUGCAGGAGCUGAUGGUGCUGCCGGCGGCAGCCGUGUCGGCGCCCUCGAUCGUGGCCGUCCCGGGCCCGCCGGGCGGCGGCGCGGCCCUGACGCCGGCCCGGCCGCCGCGACGGCGGCGGCGCGCCCGGGACCGGCCGACCAUCUGCGGGGAGUGCGGCAAGGGCUUCAGCCGCAGCACGGACCUGGUGCGGCACCAGGCCACGCACACGGGCGAGCGGCCGCACCGCUGCGGCGAGUGCGGCAAGAGCUUCUCGCAGCACUCGAACCUGGUGACGCACCAGCGCAUCCACACGGGCGAGAAGCCCUACGCGUGCCCGUACUGCGCCAAGCGCUUCAGCGAGAGCUCGGCGCUAGUGCAGCACCAGCGCACGCACACGGGCGAGCGGCCCUACGCCUGCGGCGACUGCGGCAAGCGCUUCAGCGUCUCGUCCAACCUGCUGCGCCACCGCCGCACGCACUCGGGCGAGCGGCCCUACGCCUGCGAGGACUGCGGCGAGCGCUUCCGCCACAAGGUCCAGAUCCGCCGCCACGAGCGCCAGCUGCACGGCGCCGGCCGCUCCCGGGGCCUCGGCCUGCUCCGCGGCGCGCGCACGGCUGCCGGGGGCACCCCGCGCGCCGAGCCGGCGGCGGACAAGGCGCCCUGACCUGGGGUCGGGGCUGGGGACGGGGCGCCGAGGUCGGGGAGGGCGCAGCUUCCCCCGCACCCGGGAGCCCCGCGCGCGCUUGGAAGUUUUGACCGUGUUCCUCAACAUCCUGGAAUAUCGCUGGGACAUCGCUGGCAUCCUUUUUCCGGGCCAACUGAGUGACGGACCGAUUCACCCUCGGAAACACUCCAGGGAGGAAAUCGACGAGGCUAAAGCGGCACGGAGGUGGCACAUUGCCGCCCACAGCACAUAGUUCAGGGUCGUCUUUGGGUACCAGUUUCUCCCCCAGGGAAAUUGGACUUGACUGGAGCUGAGAGUCACAGGGGAAAACGCCCAACGGCAGGACGAGACGUUGGGUGCCAUUCGACAGAGCUCCAACACUAACCAGGGAAGCCGACAUACGUGGUAUAACGCACGUGAAAAUGUCCUGGUGAAAAUUAUUUCAUGGGGGAAGAGGAAAUUUAUCUGCACUACGUAGAAAACUGAUUAAGGCAUUCAGUUGUCCUCAGUGGCUUUUGCCUUGAAAAUACGCGAAUGAAAGUUCAUCAGGGUGGAUGAAAUCCUGAUGUAAAUGUUUUGUGUUCAUGAACACAGGGUCCCAGCGUCUGCUGGGUCAAUGUGCAAAGGCCAGGAAGUCCACUCUGGGCGAAGGUGAAAUCUUCCCUCCAGUGUCACACCCAAGCAAGCUUCCGAGGCAGUCGCUGGGGUAUUCCCAGGCUCACAGUCCGUCCCUAAAUCCUCUUGAAUAGAAGCCCGGGGGCGGAAGCAGAGGGCAUUCUGCGAGUGCUGUCCAAGGUCCUAAGGGAUGGUCCUUCCAUCUCUCCAACAGACCUCCCAUAGCCCCGCCCCCCCCCCCCCCCCCCCCCCCCCCCCGCCUUGCCUUCUCAGAAGCCAGUGCACCCACUGCGACUUGGGGGCUGGGACCUUGAGAUGCAGGGGCAGGUUCUCCCAGGCCAGGCCGUAGGGCCGGCCCGAGCAGACCCUGCCUCAUCACUGGGGGUCAGAAGGAGAAUGCUGGGGACAAGGACAGGAGGCAACAGAAAUGCUCUUUAUGGCGAUUUUGUAAACGUCUGGGGGUCAGUCGGAGCAGCAGCAAUCUCGAUGUCUUGUGGGAGGGCAAGAUGAUGUGGGGGCACAUGACACCACUGGUCCUUCUGGCUCUUCCUGCCCCCAGCUCCCCCACAUGGCUCCUUAGACGCUGCCUGACCCCCCUCCCUGCUUCUCCUUUACUAACACAGCCUGCUCCGUUUUGCCAACGUGUUGGUAAGUGAGAAACAAAAUAAACAAAAAUGAG